UUGUUGUCCUAUACCUCUGUAGAUUAUCAAGGCCUUACUAAGUCCUUCUGUCAUGGAAAAAUUUAUUGUUCCUCAAUUACGGCAAAGCUUGUUAAUCUGAAGAUUGGAAUCCCAUGGGACAAGAUACAAGUUUUACCCAUCAACCAGAAGAUCAACAUUGCAGGGGUUGAUGUCAUAUGCUUUGAUGCAAACCAUUGCCCGGGUUCCCUAAUAAUCCUUUUUGAGCCACCCAAUGGUAAGGCUGUCCUACACACGGGGGAUUUCCGAUUUUGUGAAGAAAUGACAAGGAAUUCAAUCUUGCAGACUUGUGGUGUCCACACUCUGAUCCUAGAUACAACAUACUGUGACCCUCAGUAUGACUUUCCAAAACAGGAGGCUGUUAUUCAAUUUGUUAUAGAAUCAAUACAAGCUGAAACUUUCAACUCAAAGACCUUGUUUCUCAUUGGUAGCUAUACUAUAGGAAAAGAGAGGUUGUUUGUUGAGGUUGCUCGUGCUCUUCAGAAGAAAGUCUAUAUCACUGCAUCGAAGUUACGCAUUUUGGAGUGUUUGGGUUUUCCUCAAGAAGAUAUGCAGUUUUUCACAUUAAAUGAGCAGGAAAGCCAAAUUCAUGUUGUGCCUAUGUGGACACUGGCUAGCUUCAAAAGGUUGAAGUAUGUCUCUAAUCAGUAUGCGGGACGGUAUAGUCUUAUUGUUGCUUUCUCUCCCACUGGUUGGUCAUUUGGUAAAGGAAAGAAGAAGUCAACUGGAAGCAGGUGGCAGCAGGGUACUAUCAUCAGGUAUGAAGUACCGUACAGCGAACACAGCAGCUUUUCAGAACUCAAAGAGUUCGUUAAGUUUGUAUCUCCUGUUAACAUCAUCCCUAGUGUAAAUAAUCAUGGACCUGAAUCCAGCAACGCAAUGGUCUCGUGCCUCUUGGACUGAUCUAUUCAGCACGAAAUGGCAGUAAUUUUCUGCAUUUUUCCUGUUGUAGCAAUUUGAGAUUGCAUUUGGUACUGUGCAAUAUAGUUUUCCAAGAUGUUAUACCAUUUUCUGGCCAGUCCAUUGUAGCUUGGACAAUGUAACUGCUGAUGUUUUGUUCCAAAGCAUGUAUAUUCUUUACAUGAUGCAAUACUAAUUAGUAUAUUCAGUUCAAGGGUGUACGGAAAUGCAAAAGAACACGAGAAGAUAAAUCAAGAGCAAUUACCUCCAACUCCACUUUCAGGCCCUCAAGCUGAAAUUUUUGCAUACACAUAAACCUCAUAUCAAGCACCUGUCUCUGGGAGUUAUACCUUGAAGAGCACCUCAAAGUUACACAUCAGAGCAGGCAUGCAGCAAUCCCUUACCUUAUGUUGGAAAUUCCUUAAGUAGGAGAACAUGUAACCAAACCCUAACAUAAUUUUUGAUUUUGUCUCAUUGUUAAUUUAUCUCAUUCUUCCUAUCCUUUAUUCU